AACAAACAAAUGCUUUUUUUGAUUUUAAAAACUAAUGUUUUUUGAAACAAAAAAAAUAUUUUAAUAAAAAGAAAAAAGUUUUAAAUAUGUCAUAAGAAUUUAUAGCAUUGGUAAAAUCAUGCUUCAACCCACCUUGGUUACCUAUCUUUGUUGAAUUGGAUUUCUCUAGAAGAUAAACUUUGUUUUAAUUACAUGCAGCCUGUUUUACAGUUUAGUUUAGAUGCAAAAGUUUCCAAGAAUUAGUUAACUUAACUUGUUGAUAUAUGCAAAUAAAUUCAAAACAUUUGCAUACAAGUAUGGAUCCAAAUGGAGAAAGUACAGAUUUCAUGUAUAUCCCUUCAAUUGGUAGUUCUACAACUCAGCUACAAAUUUACACACAGAGAGAUGCACCAAGACCUUGUUAUUAUUUCUUUCGCUUAUUAGGAAUGUGGCAACCAAAAAAUGCUUUUAUUAUAUUUAAAGUAUACAAUUGGAUUAUGUUUACAUUAGUUUUUAUAAAUGCGUUUUUUAUAUUCAUGUUAAGCUAUCUACAUUCAUCCAGCUUUAAAUUUGCUGAAGUUUUUAAUAGCAUUGGUUCGAUAUUAGACUUUUGCUGUCCCUUUUUGUUUGUUAAAUACUAUUUUCGGUAUGGCAAUUUUGAACGAAUAAUCAAACACAUAUAUGAACAGAGCACUGAAGAAGAUCUAAAGAAGCUGCGCAAAAUGAGAUAUAUUUAUACUUUUUUAUCAUUUAUUAUGUGGGCAACAAUGUCGUUGUAUUUUAUUAAACAUUGGGAGCGUUUUUUUAAAAACCAAAUCCUUAGUUAUGAACUAACUGCUGUAAUUUAUAUACAAGUUAUUGUAGUUACCAUGGGUUGGUGGGCCUCCUGGCUCAGUUUAUAUGGGUAUGUUUGUCACAUUCAUGUUCAUCAAAUAAAAUUAUAUGACAAGCAUAUGAAAGAUACAUUUUCAAAAGCUAACAACACGAAUGAUGAAUGCAUCGGACAUUUGUUGUUUGAGUUUAAUGAACUUCAUCAUUGGCUUGAAUUGACACAAAAAGAUUUUUCUAAAAUAAUAUCGUUUGCCGUGGCGUACCAUAUAAUGGAUAUAUUUGUUUUUAGCUAUGCUUACUGGACAGAUUCAUUUGGAAAAAAUUACCCUAUUUAUAAUUUUGUUGGUACCAUUUUUUUUGACACUAUUAGUAUUGCGAUAAAACUCUAUCCUGCUGCACUAGUUUGUAAAGCUGUGCAUGAAAUAGUUAUUUCAGUCGGAAUUGAAUGCCUGUCAAACUGUACAUCUCACAUACCCAACGAGCGUUUUUCUUUUUACAGGCAUUUAUUUUUUAUAGAACAAGACAUGGGUUUUUUAAUCCUCGGUGUUAAAAUUACAAUGAGACUGACAGUUGGAAUAUUCGUUUCACUUGCUACUGCCUCAAUUACAUUUAUUAAGUUUUUAUUACCUACAAAUUAGUAUUAAAGUUGUAAUUAUCUGUAA